AUGUCGUCCGACCAGAUCCAGCGCGAUCUCAUCUCGGCGAACCACAUCUUGCAUUUCACGUCGGUGCUCGACGCCUACGGGCACAUUUCUGCGCGGCACCCGCUCGACGCGUCGACGUACCUCAUGUCCGCCAACAUAGCGCCCGCGCUGGUCAGCAACGCCAGCGACCUCGUGCAGUAUCGCGUGAACGACUCGAUGGCCGUCGACCCGGACGCGCCCAGGGGGUACAUCGAGCGGUACAUCCACGGGGAGAUGUACAGGCGGUUUCCGGACGUCGGGUGCGUGAUCCACAGCCACAGCGAGGACGUGCUGCCGUACGCCAUCGCCGGAGUCCCGCUGCGCGCCGUGUACCACAUGGCGGGCUUCCUCGGACCGGGGCCCGCCCCGCUGUACGACGUCGAGGAGUCCUACAACGCCACCGAGCCGCACGACCUGCUGAUCCGCACGCCGAAGCUCGGCCAAGAUCUGGCCAGGACGUUUGUCUCGGCGACAAACGCGUCCGCCACCACGCCCGAUUACACCGUCGUGCUGAUGCGGCGCCACGGCUUCACCACCGCCGCGGCCGAUAUCCAGACGGCGGUCUUCCAAGCCAUCUUCACGCAGUCCAACGCCAAGGCGCAGACGACGGCGACGCUGCUCCGAGGCGCCUUUGCCGGCCUGCCGGGCGACGAGGCCAGAGCGUGGACCGGCGGCGGCGGUUCUGGCGGUAGCAACGGGGAGACAAGUGCCUUUGAGCCCCUGACCGCCCAGCAAGCGCGGGACUGCGAGGUUUCGAUCGGUGCGACCUCGGACCGGCCGUGGGGGCUGUGGCUGAAGGAGGUUGAGAAUGAUAGCUUGUACACCAAUAACGUGGUGCUGGAGUGA